AUGAAUACUAAUGAUGAAUCAUCUCAAAUACAGCAUAAAACAGGUUUAUCGCAAAUGGAAUCUAUUCCUAUAGGGAAACAAUUGAAACCUUUAAAAAAAUAUAGUGAUAGAGGUGCUCUUGUAGAGGUCAAUGCUAAUUCAAAAAGAAUAAAUGCAAUCAAAAAGGAUAAUGGUCGUACAAAUCCCACAACCCAACCAAUGCCAAGAGUACGAAAGGAUUUGGACAAUUUGGAUCGUAAUACUUCAAAAAAAAGAAGAAUAUAUAAUGAUAACGACGACAUCAUCAUCAGUACGAAUCAGAAUAAUGACGUUCUGCAGAAAGACUCACCUUGGUUUAAAUUAGACGAACAAGAUAAAAAUGAUCCUAGUAUGGUUUAUGAAUAUUCUGAUAAUAUUUUUGAAUAUUUUUACAAACGUGAAUCCGAAUUGUUACCUUUGCGUAACUACACUGUUAAAACCGAAACUAAACAUACUAUUAGAUCUUCAGUAAGGGCUAUUCUGAUUGAUUGGCUAGUAGAAGUUCAUGAAAAAUUCCAAUGUUUUCCAGAAACAUUGUAUCUGGCCAUAAAUAUUAUGGAUCGAUUUCUGGCAGCUAAUAAGGUUAAUACAGAUAAAUUACAAUUAUUAGCCGUUACAUCAUUAUUCAUUGCUGCAAAAUUUGAAGAGAUUCAUUUGCCUAAGUUGGCUGAAUACGCGUAUAUUACUGAUGGAGCAGCUACGAAAGAAGAUAUAAAGACUGCGGAGCUUUAUAUGUUAACUAAAUUAAAAUUUGAAUUGGCAUGGCCUAAUCCAAUGAAUUUCCUAAGAAGAUUGUCAAAGGCAGAUGGAUACGACACUGAAACAAGAAAUAUUUCAAAAUAUAUACUUGAAUUUGCCUUUUGUUGUCCAAAUUUUAUUGGUGAGAAACCAUCUUAUAUAAGCGCCAUUGCAUUUUUCAUUGCUAGAAGAAUCACUUCAAAAGAUAAAACAUGGGACAAUAAUUUUAUUCAUUAUAGUGGAGGUAUUGACCCGGUAAACGAUAUAAGGUUCCAAUCAGCUUGUAAACAAUUGGUUAAUGAAAUUGAUACGCCUCGGACUAGAUUGCCAUCUUUAAAAAUGAAAUAUAAUGAAGGUGACCCAAAAGGUAUUCAUGACAUUGUACUUAGAUAUUGUACUAUGGAGGUCGAUCAUAGCUUCUCUACUUUAUUCGCAUUGUAA